AUGGCUACCACUACAAAAACUCUGUCUACUAGUUCAUCAGCUACUAAAGCUCAAGUUCAAGCUCAAGCUCAAGCUCAAGCUAAUUCUGCUGCCAAUACUAAAAAGCACCUAUCAUUGUUUUCCUUUAUGUCGGCUAGUUCAUCUGAAUCCAAAGAUAAUUCUGAGUCGGUUAAUCCAACUGAUCCUUUACCUGCCUUAAGUACUUCUCCUACUAAUGGUUCUGGUUCUGGUUCUGGUUCUGGUCAAUCUCAAUCUCAGUCUACUGCAUUAUCAGCUUCUUCUUCUCAAGGUGGUGCUCAUUUUGAAACUUUUCCAACUUUAACUGAAGAUCAGGAAUUACAUCCUUCUUUAAUAGAUAAUCCAGAAUGUUGUAUAUUUGAAAGAUCUGUUCAAGAUUCUUGCUGUGUAUUUGAACCAGCUCCUUUAAAUCGUCAACAUUCUAAUUCGAUUAUUUCUACAAACUCAAAGUCUGGUAAAAAACCAAGAUCUUAUAAUUCUUCUAUCUCACUUAAUCAUUUUAAGUCUGAAGAUUAUAUUCCUCCUGCCUUGGAUGCAACUACUUCAUUACUUAAUGAUAAAAAUACUGAUUUAGAUGAUGUGGAAUUAAUUUAUUCUAAUCGUCGUAAUUCAUCAGUAAUUGGUUUAAAUAUGGCAUUAGGUAGACCAAUUAGUCCAUCUCGUAAAAAUUCAGUAUACUCAUUGAAUUCUGCAAGUAAUGGGAAUUUACCACCAUUACAAACUGAUCAAUUCAAUAAUUCAACUACAAGUCCUCCAGGUCCUCAUCAAAUACAUUCACCUGUAUCACCACCUAAGUUGACUCCAUCAAAAUCUUCAGUUAACUUUUAUAGUUAUGCUGAUAUGUUAAGUAAUGAUGAAUUUGCUAGAAGACCUUCAAUUAAGAGUUCACUCUCCCAAGGAGUUGUCCCUACUAGUAAUACGAAUUUCACCAGAAAUCCUUCAUUUAUUAAACAUCGUAAUCCAUCCACUUCUUCACAAUUAUCAUCACAAUUAUUUAAAGAGAAGAAGGCAUCUCAGCAAUUAAGAUCUCAAUCCAUGAAAUCUAAUUCUACGAAUCCCACCAAUAAUAUUACUAGUUCAUUAAAUAAAUUUUUAAUUUCACCUGAAUCUUCAGAUGAAGAAAAUGAUUAUAGAGAUAAACUUUUACCACCACAAGCUCCUGCCACAUCAACCACCACUAACUCUGUAGCUUCGAGUCAAUCCCCAAGAUACAAGAGAAAGUCUGUAUCUUCAACCACAUCAUCUAAUCAUAGUUAUUCUGCCCCUAUGUUUAAUGAUAAUGAGAGCUUAAUCUCGACCUCAAUUGGUGAUUGUAUUCGACAAUCUACCACGGAAAUCAAUGGUCACUAA